UCAUCUUUCUUUCCUAGAAACCAAAAGCAAACCAGCUUCCCAACACCAUGGCUUGCUGUGCUCCCCUGUGCUGCAGCGUCCCCACCGGCCCCGCCACCACCAUCUGCUCCUCUGACAAAUUCUGCAGGUGUGGAGUCUGCCUGCCCAGCACCUGCCCACACACAGUCUGGCAACUGGAGCCAACCUGCUGUGACAACUGCCCCCCACCUUGCCACAUUCCUCAGCCCUGUGUGCCCACCUGCUUCCUGCUCAGCUCUUCCCAGCCCACCCCAGGCCUGGAAACCAUCAACCUCACCACCUACACUCAGCCCAGCUGUGAGCCCUGCAUCCCAAGCUGCUGCUGACCGAUGGCUGCCUCACCCAGUGCCUGGCGAUAACACAGAAGCUAUCUAUUUGAUAUUUACUUGCCUUGGUAGUUUAUCAAAUAAUGAUGUAGAUCAGAUGGCAUAGAUAUGGAAAACCUAACUUUCAUUUUCAUGGAAAGAAAAUUUUUAAAAAUAUGCUUAUUUGGCUGAGUAAUGCUUUGGUUCAUUUGGAUAGAUAGAGGUCACCUAUUAUCAAAAUAAUAGUACAAUCUAUAAGACCUCAGACUGUAUUUUCUUGGUCAUGUUGCUUCUUGGGUUCCAUUUCUUGUAUUGGGCAUUUUCAUAGAGGAAAAAUAACUUUUGAUGGUUUUCCAAUAAACUUUGUUUCUGUGGCAA